UUCUAAUAACGCUAUUUAUGGAGAUUAAGGUGUAGAUAGUUGUCUCAGCAAAGUUUGGGUUUUUAGGGUUUCUACCAAAAAGAAGAUCGGGGAACAACAGCAGCAGCAGUAACCAUGGUUCUCAAGACCGAACUUUGCCGUUUCAGUGGGGCAAAAAUAUACCCUGGGAAAGGUAUCAGAUUUGUUCGUGGUGAUUCUCAGGUCUUCCUGUUUUCCAACUCAAAAUGCAAACGUUACUUCCACAACCGAUUGAAGCCAUCGAAGCUCACAUGGACUGCCAUGUAUAGGAAGCAACACAAGAAGGACAUUGCCCAAGAAGCUGUGAAGAAGAGGCGUCGUGCUACCAAAAGGCCUUACUCUAGGUCCAUUGUAGGUGCUACUUUGGAAGUUAUUCAGAAAAGAAGAACUGAAAAGCCAGAGGUUCGAGAUGCUGCCAGGGAAGCUGCUCUUCGUGAAAUUAAAGAAAGGGUCAAGAAAACAAAGGAUGAGAAGAAGGCUAAGAAGGCAGAAGUUCAGGCUAAGGUACAAAAAUCACAAGGCAAAGGCAAUCUUCCCAAAGCUGCUGCACCCAAAGGUCCUAAGCUUGGUGGUGGCGGCGGGAAGCGCUGAAUCUCUAGUUUCUCCUUUUUGGGCUAGCACUUAAAUAGAGUUGUUUUGAAACUUUUCUAAUGAUAUUUUAUUUGCUUUAUUAAUAUUUUAUUUUACUGUUCUAUCGAAACUUGUGUUUGGAGCUUAGAGUAUCUAGUUAUUGAAUGGAUUUUGUCGGCAGAGUUAAUUUUAAGUUGGCACAAAUUCUCUUCUAUGAUUCUUGCUA